AUGGCUGCCCCCGCUCAGAAGUUCAAGGUUGCCGACAUUUCGUUGGCUGCCUUCGGUCGCCGUGAGAUCGAGCUGGCCGAGAUUGAGAUGCCCGGUUUGAUGGCCAUUCGUCGUCGUUAUGGCGCAGAUCAGCCCUUGAAGGGUGCUCGUAUUGCCGGUUGUCUUCACAUGACCAUCCAGACCGCCGUCCUCAUUGAGACCCUCACUGCUCUCGGUGCCGAGGUCACCUGGACCAGCUGUAACAUCUUCUCCACCCAGGACCACGCCGCCGCCGCCAUUGCAGCUGCUGGUGUCCCUGUCUUCGCCUGGAAGGGUGAGACCGAGGAGGAGUACAACUGGUGCUUGGAGCAGCAGCUCCAGGCCUUCAAGGAUGGCAAGAAGCUCAACCUCAUCCUCGACGACGGUGGAGACCUGACCUCCCUUGUUCACAACAAGUACCCCGAGCAGCUCAAGGACUGUUACGGUGUGUCUGAGGAGACCACUACCGGUGUCCACCACCUUUACCGCAUGCUCAAGGACGGCAAGCUGCUCGUCCCCGCCAUCAACGUCAACGACUCCGUCACCAAGUCCAAGUUCGACAACCUGUACGGCUGCCGUGAGUCGCUUAUCGACGGUAUUAAGCGUGCUACCGACGUCAUGAUCGCCGGUAAGGUCGCCGUCGUCGCCGGUUUCGGUGAUGUCGGCAAGGGCUGUGCCUCGGCCCUGCACAGCAUGGGUGCCCGCGUCCUGGUCACUGAAAUUGACCCCAUCAACGCCCUCCAGGCUGCCGUCCAGGGCUACGAGGUCACCACCAUGGAGGAGGCCGCUCCCCUGGGUCAGAUCUUCGUCACCACCACUGGAUGCCGUGACAUCCUCGUCGGCAAGCACUUCGAGGUCAUGCGCAACGAUGCCAUCGUCUGCAACAUUGGUCACUUCGACAUCGAGAUUGACGUGGCCUGGCUCAAGGCUAACGCCAAGUCGGUGCAGAACAUCAAGCCCCAGGUCGACCGCUACCUGAUGCCCAGCGGCCGCCACAUCAUCCUGCUGGCUGAGGGUCGUCUGGUCAACCUGGGCUGUGCCACCGGUCACUCUUCCUUCGUCAUGUCCUGCUCUUUCUCCAACCAGGUCCUGGCUCAGAUCGCUCUGUUCACGGCUGAGGACGCCUCUUUCGGCCAGAAGUACGUCGAGUUCGGCUCGACCGGCAAGAAGCCCAUUGGUGUCUACGUGCUGCCCAAGGUCCUGGACGAGCAGGUUGCUCUGCUGCACCUGGAGCACGUCAAUGCCAAGCUGUCCAAGCUCACCUCCGUGCAGGCCGAGUACCUGGGUCUGGACGCCAACGGACCUUUUAAGGCGGAGCACUACCGCUACUAG